AUGGAAAAUCAAACACUGGUCAUGGAAUUCCUUCUUCUGGGAUUUGGAGAUGUGGGGGAUCAGUGGUUUCUACUCUUCUUGCUCUUCUUGGUGAUCUAUAUUGCUACCAUGGCCGGGAACAUCCUCAUUGUUGUGCUGAUUAUAACUGACCACCACCUCCAUACUCCUAUGUACUUCUUCUUGGCUAACUUAUCCUGCUUGGGAUCCUGUUACAGCUCUAGUAUCCUUCCCCUGAUGCUGGUUAAUCUUUCUAAAGGGGGGCAAGGAACCAUUUCUGUAACUGGCUGCAUGGUGCAGUACUACUUUUUUGCUUCCUUAGGAGCUUCCGAAUGCUACCUGCUUGCUGCAAUGUCCUAUGACAGGUAUGUGGCGAUAUGCAAACCGCUGCUCUAUACAACACUUAUGAAUGGCCAGGUUUGCCUCCAACUAGCAGCCGGAUCUUGGAUAAGUGGUUCUUUGGCUGUUAAUAUAUUUAUGUAUUUGAUGCACCAAUUAAGGUUUUGUCACAAAAGUGUAAUCAAUCAUUUCCUUUGUGACUUCAAUCCAAUUAUCAGUCUGGCAUGCAAUGACACACACAUGAUUGAACUCCUAUCAGUCCUUAUCACUGCCCUAUUUUCCUUGCCUCCCUUUUUGUUGAUCUUAGUCUCUUAUGUUUCCAUCAUAUCAGCCAUUGUGAGAAUCCCAUCCAGCAGUGGGAGGAAAAAAGCCUUCUCAACCUGCUCCUCUCACCUCAUUGUGGUGUCUGUCUUCUAUAGCACAAUAAUAAUUGUCUAUGUCUUGCCCCAAACGGAGGCACUACGAGAUCUCAACAAAGUCUUCUCUCUCUUCUAUACUGUUGUGACGCCCUUCUUCAAUCCCCUGAUAUAUUCCCUGAGAAACAAGGAAGUAAAGGAAGCUUUCAGAAAAGGUUUUGCUAGGUUAUGUGCACUUCGAAGUACACAAAGAUGUAAUUGA